CUAGUGAGAAAGAAUUAGAACAAGUUAACCACAGUACACAAGUAGGAAUAGGAACCUAAAAAAAAGAAAGAAGAAAAGAAAGGUGUGGGAGUGUGGGGCGAGUCGACGGCACCAUUUUCAACAAAGUGCCAACAACUCUCUCCAGGUUUGUUCAGUUUUUUAAUUUAUUUUCAAUUGAUUCUGAAUCAGUUUCUCUUUUUUGCAAAACCCUUUAUUAUAAUUAUAAUUAUAGUGUUCGAGUCGGCUUUCGUGUAACCCUUUUUCCGUACACUUUACCUUCUCCGAACCCACUUGUGAGAUUUUACUGUGAUAAUGAUGGACUUAGCAACUGACGGAUGGCGGGGGAAUUAUGCUAACCCAAUGGCGAAAAGGUUACAGCCGUAUAGCCCCAGAGAUUUAUUUCCCAAGGGGAUAAAAAAGAUGAAAUUUGACGAAAGUAAAAACCAGAGUAGCCCUACUGCUGCAACUAGUUGGCGGGAAGAAUGCGACCAUGAAAAUGCGAAGGUGUCUUCAAGAGUUUUCAACCGCUCUGAUCCUUUUACAAUUCCUAAUUUGCGUGAAGUGUUAGACUCCGGGAAGUUUGGAAGUGUCACCCGAGAGAUUGAGGACCUUAUUGCGCGGCGAAUGAAGUUAGUGGACUCUUAUUAUGCAAGUGACCAUUCACUCCCCUACAAAGUCUUGGAAUUGGAAAGGGAGAGUGAAGGGACUUUCAAGGGAAAUCAGCCUUCCCUCGAUGUGAUUGACCUAGAUGACGGGCAGGAAGCUGAGAAUAUUGCUUCAGGGCCAAUGAUUCCUUCUGCAUGUUUUGGACCUUCAGCUGGGCUGUUGGUUAUUAUUGAUUCAGAUGAUGAAGACACUCAGAAGGAGAUUAUUUCUCCAUCUCAGGGGAUGCAUUCUCAGAAGAAUCCUAUUUCUCCAUUCCAGGCGUUGCCCUUAAAGAAUGCUGUUCUUGACUUCCAAAUUAAGGAUUUUAUGGGCAGGGAUUACGCCGAAACACAGACUUCGAUAGAAGCUGUAAGUCUUGUUGGGGAGACUAAAAUAGAGAAAGAUAAAGGUGUUUAUCUCGGUGUGGAAGAUGAUGAUGAGAUUGAUGAUGGUGUCGAGCAGCCUGAUGAAGGUUUGACAGAGAUAUGGAAUGAGAUGUCAUUUGCUCUCGAAUUCGCAAAGGAUGUUGCUGCUGAACCUUCACCAGGUGAGCAUACAGAGGACGACGAGUGUGAUCAUUCCUUCAUCUUGAAAGAUGAUAUUGGUUAUGUGUGUCGUAUAUGUGGAGUCAUUAAGAGAAGCAUUGAAACCAUUAUAGAGUUUCAGUAUUCGAAGGCUGCCCGGAGUACAAGAACAUAUCAUUAUGAAGGUCGGUCAGUAAAGGAUAUAGGGCCUUCUGAACUCCUUCCUGAUGGCUUCAUUUCAUCUGAUGACAUUGGUAUGACUGAAAUUUGUGUUCAUCCGAGACACAGGAAACAGAUGAAAUCUCACCAAGUUGAGGGAUUUAAUUUUCUUGUUAGCAACUUGUUGAAAGAUAAAGGAGGCUGUAUCAUGGCUCACGCCCCUGGAUCUGGCAAAACUUUCAUGAUAAUCAGCUUCCUGCAAAGCUUCAUGGCUAAUAAUGAUAGAGCGAGGCCUUUGGUUGUGUUACCUAGAGGAAUCUUGGCUACAUGGAAGAAGGAGUUCUUGAGGUGGCAGGUGGAUGAAAUUCCCCUCUAUGACUUCUACUCGGUAAAAGCAGAUAAUAGAGCUCAACAGUUGGAAGUUCUGAAGCAAUGGUCACAGGAAAGAAGUGUUCUUUUUCUAGGCUAUAAACAGUUCUCAACAAUUGUAUGCGACAAUGUUGGUAGUGCUACUGCAGCUGCUUGUCAGGAGAUUCUGCUGAAGUGCCCAUCAAUUCUCAUUCUUGAUGAAGGGCACACUCCACGGAACCAAGACACUGAUGUUUUGACUUCGCUGGAGAAGGUCCAGACACGACUGAAGGUAGUGCUUUCUGGCACAUUAUACCAAAAUCAUGUUAAAGAGGUCUUUAACAUUCUUAACCUUGUGCGUCCAAAAUUUCUCAAGCUGGAGACAUCCAGAAACAUUAAAAGGACAAUCCUAAGCAAAGUGGCCAGCUCAAAUAGAAGGAACCUCCUGAAGAAAAGUAAUGACAAUGAUUUUUAUGAGCUGGUGGAGCAUACACUGUUAAAGGAUGACAAUUUCUCAAGAAAGAGUGCUGUCAUACUAGGUCUGCGGGAAAUGACUGAAAAAGUGCUUCAUUAUUACAAGGGAGAUUUUCUCGACGAACUUCCAGGAUUGGUUGAUUACACUGUCCUUCUAAAGCUCCAUCCUAAGCAGAGAAGUGAAAUUGCAGAGCUUAAGAAACUGGGGAGAAAGUUCAAAAUCAGUGCCGAAGGAAGUGCACUGUAUGUGCACCCACAAUUGAAGAGCCUUUCAAGAAACUAUUCUGUUAAAGAUAGAGUUGAUGAAGAGAAGAUUGAUCAGCUAUUAGAGAAUUUGGAAUGUAGGGAAGGAGUGAAGGCAAAGUUCUACCUGAAUCUGCUGCAGCUGUGCGAAUCAAAAGGUGAAAAAAUGCUGGUGUUUAGCCAGUACCUCCUGCCUUUGAAAUUCUUGGAGAGGUUGACUAUUAGUACUAAGGGUUACACUCUAGGAAAGGAAAUAUUUAUGAUCACUGGUGAUUCAGACUCAGACAGCAGGGAGUUUUCAAUGGAGCGAUUUAACACUUCAGAGGAUGCUCGUGUUUUCUUUGGUUCAAUUAAGGCAUGUGGUGAAGGAAUAUCACUUGUCGGGGCAUCGCGGAUUAUCAUAUUGGAUGUGCAUCUCAACCCAUCAGUAACCCGUCAAGCAAUAGGACGUGCAUUCCGACCAGGCCAGGAGAGGAAAGUAUAUACUUACAGAUUGGUGGCCUCAGAGUCACCUGAGGAGGAAGAUCACGCAACUUGUUUCAAAAAGGAGUCUAUUGCAAAGUUAUGGUUUGAGUGGAGUGAGAAUUAUGCUCAGCCCGAUUUUGAGAUGGAGACUGUCAAUAUCAACAACUGUGAAGAUUUGUUCUUGGAAUCAUCACGUCUUAAUGAAGAUGUGGUGGCUCUGUACAAAAGGUAGAUGUGAUUGGCUCCUCUAUUGCAGAUGUGGUCAUCUAACCAAUGGCAGAUCCAUUAUGCCAAUGAAAGAUUUAGAGAUCGUGGACUUAGUCGAGGUGCGCAAAAGCUGGCCCGGACACCACGGUUAUCUCAAAAAAAAAAUCUGACAGAAAAUGCUGUUUUAUUUUCAGACUGCAUGUUAACUAUCUGACAAUUAGCUUUGUCCAGAUUAUGUCAAAGUUCAAACUGAUUGUAAAUAUUUUUCCAUUUCCAAGACUUCUUGUUUUGUGCAAA